UAGAGGUAGUUGUCGAUUGACGAGUGGACUGUGCAAACGGCAGAGCGGGGUAUCGAGUAUAAAUGGCGUCGUCGUGAGAGCUAGUGACGCUCUGAAUGUUCAUCGAUCUCCUUAAAGCAACAACAAUUUUAAACUUAUAGUAACUGGAAAGUAUUCCGUAGAAGAAGACCAUGGCCGAGUAUUUGGCAUCGAUUUUCGGAACCGAGAAAGACAAGGUCAACUGCUCCUUUUAUUUUAAAAUCGGCGCGUGCCGACAUGGAGAUCGUUGCUCCAGAAUCCACAACAAACCAACUUUCAGCCAGACAUGUUUACUUCAAAACCUUUACGUAAACCCUCAAAAUUCUGCAAAAAGUGCUGAUGGCUCUCACUUGGUAGCAAAUGUUUCUGACGAGGAAAUGCAGGAGCAUUAUGACAAUUUCUUCGAGGAUGUUUUUGUCGAAUGCGAAGAUAAAUAUGGUGAAAUAGAGGAAAUGAAUGUUUGUGACAAUUUGGGAGAUCAUCUUGUUGGAAAUGUUUACAUCAAAUUCAGAAGAGAAGAAGAUGCUGAAAAGGCUGUCAAUGAUCUGAACAACAGAUGGUUCGGAGGCCGUCCUGUUUACGCAGAACUAUCGCCUGUAACAGACUUUCGAGAGGCCUGUUGCAGGCAAUAUGAAAUGGGGGAGUGCACCAGAUCAGGAUUCUGCAAUUUCAUGCAUCUGAAACCAAUCUCUAGAGAUUUACGACGCUACUUGUACAGUCGCAAGAAGGGUGGCGGCAAAGGCAGAUCACGAUCACGCUCGAAAUCUCCGAAACGUGAUCGCAAGCGCAGAUCGCGCUCACGCGAUCGUAGAUCCCGAUCUAAGGGCAGAGGUGAUCGCAAGGGAAGAGAGGGAAGGGACGGUCGUUCUGGACGUUAUUAAACAAAUAAUUAAUUUUGACUUCAUUCGAUUGGCGAGCUGCUCUUGAUGCUCAUUUUACCGAGUUAUCAGACAUUGACACAUAAAGACAGGUAAAAGUUUUAAACAGCAAUGCAGUACAAACUGUGAAGUAAUAAAAAUGCGUAUUUUUAGUUGAGUAUGAAUUUAUCUAAUAUAAUCAAUCGUGAAUGAUUUGUAUUGUGUACAAUACUGUAAAAUAAGUUGAGUAAUUGGGAUAAAUUUUGAUAUUGUGAAAUAAAUGUGACCAUCCAUCAAGUAAUCAAUUAAA